UUCUGUGCUUUUGUCUUUUCCCUUUUCUUCUUUCUUCUGUUAUUCUGAUUUUGAAUUAAUGGGUUUUGAGAAAGAGAAAAAGGAUAGGGUGGAUUGGUCUUACGACUGGGUGAGUGAAGAUGUUAAAUCACGGGUGUCUCUUUUCUGUGAUGAGGUGGCGGUGAGGGAGGUUGAUGCGAAUAUGAUAGUGAGGGCAGGUUCUGGGGUGAAGGUGGAAUUGUUGCCAUGUAGUGUGGAGGAUAGGAUUUUUCAUCGAGAGUUGGGGUUUGGUUUCUUUUACAUGCAUAGUUGCGUAGUUGAAGAGUUGCGAGUGAGGCUUCCGUUUACGGAUUUUGAGUGUCAGAUUCUGAAACAACUUAACUGUGCUCCCUCUCAGCUUCAUCCUAAUGGAUGGGCUUUCAUGAGAUCUUUUGAAGUCUUGAUGGAAUAUUUAGAGGAACCGCCAUCUGUUUCGUUAUUCUUUUGUUUGUUUCAAGCUAAAGGGGUGUGGAAAGGGGGGUGGGUUAAUUUUAAUAGUACUCCGGGCUUUGCUAUCUUCAAACUGUAUAAGUCUUCUUUCAAAGAUUUCAAAGAGAUGUAUUUUAAGGUUAGAAGUUCGGAGGAGCAAUUUCCGUUUUAUAUAGAUGAGAAUCUUGGCGAAAAGUUUCCUUUGUUUUGGUGCUCGGAGCCGCAAAAUAUACUCGGCCCAGAGGUGAUAUCUCCGAGGAAUGAGUGUUUAAUAGAAUAUUUGGUGAAAAAUGUUGAUCGAAAAGAUUUGAUAUCAAUGUAUGAGUUGCUGAAGUGGGAGGAUGAUAAAGUUGCUGUUGUAGAGUAUCUAGGUGGGAAGUAUCCAGGUGUUUCUGCGGCAUCGUUAAGGAGUCGGUUUAAGAGUAAGAAUCUGGAUAAGGAGGUAUCUUCGUCAAAUGCUGAGAAGGUUGUUGGGGGUGCCGAGGUUUCGCAGCCCCGUCAAGGUCGGAGGAAGGUGAUUGCGAAGAAAAGAAAAGGAUCUGAACUUGUGGAGCUAUCAGAUGAUUCAGAUGGAAAAGAGUUAGCUGUCCCUCUAGAAGAGAUACAUGCUUUUAUGGGAAAUCAGAAAAGGCUUCAUGAGAUGUCUGAAGAAAGUGAAGCUUUUUCAGUUUGGGGAAAGGAGUAUCCUUACAUGGCUGUUGUGGACGAGUAUUGUCAAUCGUCGGCUGAUGUAACUCUUGCUAAAGAAGUGGGGGAUAUGGCUAUUGGACAAUACAUGCAGGUUGUUGGGUUGCGGCUUGCAAGCCUUGGGCGAAGUCAGGAGUUGAAAUAUAAGGGGGUUGUUGCGGAAAAGGGGGAGAUACCUGUUUUGAAGGAAGAGCUGGUUAAAUAUAAAAAACUUGCUGCCGAACUUCAAGGUCGUUUAACCGAGACAGAGAAGUUAUUGAAAGAGACUAAGGAAAGUUAUUCCAAGGAUGUUGAGGACUUGAAGAAAAAGGAGAGUGACUUGGUAAGCUUGCAAAGUCGCCUGAUUGAGGUAACCGCUCAGUUCAAGGAUAUGGAGAAGAAGAAGGCGGAUGAGAUAUUGGAUUCAUUUGUUGAGGGUUUCGAAAGGGCAAGGUUGCAAGUGAAGUUUCUGGUUCCGGAUGCCGAUCUUUCUAGCAUGGAUCCUGGGAAAAUUGUUCGAGAUGGGCAGCUUGUUGAAGAUGAGGGGGAUGCAGAGGGCGAGGCUGAUAAUGUUUAGGUUUUUAGGAGAUUUCUGUUUUUGGGUUUUUUGCUUUGUAUAUGUUUUUAUUGCUGAUAACAGUA